AUGGAUAGAAGAUGUUUUGCCAUUUUAUGUACUUUACUAAGGACAACUGGUGGAUUAGUGGGAACUGAAGUUGUAGAUGUUGAGGAGAUGGUUGCCAUGUUCCUACAUAUCUUAGCCCAUGAUGUUAAGAAUAGAGUAGUUCGUAGACAGUUCGUUAAGUUGAGUGAUACAGUUUCUAGGCAUUUCAACUCCGUUCUCAAUGUCGUUUUGCGACUACAUGAAGAUUGUCUAGGUGCAUUAGAUGGUACGUACAUAAAGGUCAAUGUGAAUGCCACUGAUCGACCAAGGUACAGGAUGAGGAAGGGUGAAAUCACCACGAAUGUUCUUGGUGUUUAUGACACGAAUGGCGAUUUCGUGUUUGUCUUACCUGGGUGGGAAGAUUCUACAGCUGAUUCUCGUGUUCUUACAGAUGCAAUAUCACGACCUAAUGGAUUGGAGGUUCUGAAGGGGUAUUAUUAUCUAUGUGAUGUUGGGUACCAAAAUGUGGAGGGCUUCUUAGCACCAUAUAGAGGAAAACAAUAUCAUCUUUCAGAAUGUCAUGGAGGAGGGAAUGCAUCAACAACUACAAGAGAAUUUUUUAACAUGAAACACUUUUCUGCGAGGAAUGUCAUCGAGACGGCAUUCGGGCUGUUGAAAGAGAGAUGGGCAAUACUCCGCGGAAAAUCAUACUACCCCAUGCAAGUCCAAACUCGGAUGAUCACGGUGUGUUUCCUUCUUCAUAAUAUUAUUAAUCAGGAGAUGAAUAUUGUCAAAAUGCCCGAGGACCUAGACAAGGUGGACUCACAUUCUGCUACCAUUGGUUUGGACGAGAUCAAUUAUAUUGAGAGUUCAAACGAAUGGACACAAUGGAGAGAUGAAUUGGUACAUAAUAUGUUUUUUGACUCGGAGUUACGUAACAAUCAGUAG